AAAAUCCCCGAUCGAAAUGGUGAUCGCGAGCGGAUCCGGAGCGUCGAGCAAGCUGAGGAGAUCCCGAAGAUUGUCCUCGACCAGGGGUUUGAAGCGGGUCGGGGCGAGGCAACGGGACGAAGAAGAGGAAGAAGGGUUGUUCACGAGGAGCAACAAGGGUGCGGCGAUGAAUUGGGAGUUGAACGAGAGGAUCAGCCUGAGCAGCGGCUCGAGCCCGGGUUUGGAGGUUCGGCCGGACGCGAGAAGGGGGAUAGAGUUGAGCGGGAACCGGAAGAAGAUUGUCAAGGAUCUGGAUGGGAAAGAGGGGAGGCAGCAAGGAAGCGGGUCGGGCCUGGAGCUGAUGAACGUGUCGGGAUUCCAGGAUAGGAGGCGUGACAAGGAUCGUGCGUGGCCGAUCGAUUCGACUGAGAAGGGGGGGGAUAGGGAGGAGGGGAACGUGAUCAAAAGCGACUCGAAGUACGAGAUAGGGAUCCCUGGCAGCACGGGUUCGAGCAGGAAGUGGAGCAAGCAGAGGAGACAGCAGCUGUCGUCGUCCAAGUCGCGGAAGUGGAAGAACGAGAAGGGGGAGGAGGAGGAGGAGGAGGAGGAGGAGGAGAAAGGCGCGAAUGGUAGAAAGAAGACGGAGAAAACGAACAACGACUCGAUCUCGAAGAGGUUGGAGCUGAUACACGAGCUGAAUCAGAAGAUCCUGGCCAACUACGAGCGGUUCCAGCAGAGGUCCAGGUCGAAGAGUCACGGCUCGAAGGAGGGUGGUAAAUGCGAUGCUUGGUGGUCCGGUGGUUCGAGCAACGGUGGUAGGAGCCGGGGAGGAUUGGCGACGAACGAGGCGAGGAAGGAGGAGCAACAGCAGCACGCUGAGGCGAGGCGAAAGGGCAGCAGAGCGAAGGUGUCGACGGAUUCGAGGGAGAGAAAGAUGGAGAAAGUUUCGAGGUUCGCGUUCUCGAAGGAUCGUCGAGUCGUGGACGCGUCGUUGGAUCCGAAGAGACGAGGAUCCUUCGACGCCAAGGAUCCUUCUUCUCCUUCUUCUUCCUCCUCCUCGUCCAAGUCGAGAACGUUUCGGGAUAACGAGAACUUCAUCAUGGCGGCGAGGCCAGGUUUCUGCGAGGUCAAGGACGAGGAUAAGGGGGAAGGGGAGUGGAAGGAUCGCGCAGCAGAGGCGACGAUUGUCGAGGACACCGAUCGCCUAGGGAGCUCGAGAUUGUAUCCGGAAAGGUGUAAGUCUAACGAGGCGAGAGUAGACGAUUUGGAGGGAAGAAGGGGGGGGAUCUCGCGCGCGAACGAGACAACGGGGGAUCGUGGCCAUCGUGGAAUCGACGACGAGGAGAAGAAAAGCGAGAUUCUGGACGACGAUCUGUCGGGCGAGGCUGUCGAGAGGCUGUUCGAGGAAGGAAAGAAGGAUGAGAGGGGGAUGGAGGAGGUGGAAUCGACGACGGCGAAGAAGAAGAAGAAGAAGAGGGAGAACAAGUUGGAGAACGAUGACGGGCGAAGCAGCAGCGGUGGGUGUUGGACGAGCAGCGAACCGACGACGAGCAGCCCGAAAGUGGCCAGACUCCAAGAGACGUUCAACUCCUCUUGGGACUCUGGCGUCGGUGUGGAUAUCGGCGGAGGAGGAAGCGGUUGGGUGAGGAUACACACGGGGAUCGAGAGCAGCCUCGUCUAUCUCACUCUCGAUACCACGGCGAGAGACGUGUGCAGGGACAUGCUGUUGGGCGACGACUUGUCUCUGUUUAUACAGUACGGAGGGGAAUCCGGAAGGAGGUUGGCUCCUCACGAGAAACCGCUCGAGAUACAAGACCAAUUUCUCCAAAAGCUCGGAUACCAGGACGUAUCGAGACGGUCUCGGCUCGGGGUCGAUCCUGAAUUACGACACCUCAUCGCCUUCCACGUGGGACCCGCAUCCCCGUUGGCCGAGCUUCACGGAUACACCCGUUGCGGCCACGCUUUGGUAUUGAAGGGGUUGGUUUUCCCUCAGUGGAAGAGGCGGCCACUGGCCGUCAUCGGAUCCAGGCUGUUCCUUUAUCCAGCCUGUCCUGAAUCUCGGCCAGAGUGGAUGGAGCUGGCCGGUGGGGGUGCGGUGUGCUAUGCCCCGUCACGUCUGGGUAAACUCGUGCUGCGUAUCACCGGAUUUCCAAGGGUCACUCACCAGUGUCAUCAGAGUCAACAACGGGAGGACAGUCACCAUCGCGAGACGAGACACUUAUAUCUUGGCUUCCACCACCCCUGGGACAGAGACUUGUGGAAAAGUUGGAUUAAACAGGCUAUACAAUUGUCAUCGUGCCCGAAACAGUUGGAUCUGAGCAACGGGGGCCUGUCAAGGAUUCCCGACAGCGCUAUAGCAUUUCCGGCGAUAGAAGAGCUGAUAUUGAGCCAAAACCAGCUAACGAACACCAACAACAACCUGACAUUGUUGCACAGGUUUCCAAAACUCCGCAUCGUUCAUUUGGAAAGCAACGAGUUGAGGAGGAUACCACGAGAGUUGUUGGAGCUCACAGGAUUGACCUAUCUCAAUCUCUCGGACAAUAAAAUCGAGAAAAUUCCGGCCGACAUAAGCCAGCUUAUCAACCUCAAAGAGCUAAUAUUGGAUCGUAAUGGAAUCAAAGAGCUGCCAUAUGAACUCAUCGAGUUGAAGAACUUGAGAAACAUUUCUUUAGCUGGAAAUUGCCUCACCAGUUUGCCAUCUUUCUUCAACAUGCGUGCCCUAGCAUUAACGGACGUAUUAUCAAAAACAGACCAUAACAAAGGUUGUAAAGAUGAAAAGAAUCAAAAUAAUUUGUAUAAAGUUAAUCUUCGAAAUAAUCAAUUAAAAGGAAAUAUCAUACUUGGAAACUACGGAAAUUUAACGCAUCUAGACGUCAGUGAAAAUAGCAUUGAGAAAUUGGACAUCAGUGCUCUUCAAGAAUUGAGAAGCGUUCGUUGCGCGCGAAAUAUUUUAACAGAACUGACGGUCUGCGGGAGAAAUAUUGUUUCUCUUAUUGCUGGAAACAACAAAUUAAAAAAAUUAACUAUCGAGCCAGUGCCUGUGAAUCUUGAACAUCUAGAUGUUUCUUAUAACAAUUUAGACGCACUUCCGGAAUGGAUAUCAGAUCUACCUUUGUUGCGCGCACUUUUUGCGUCUCACAACGCUUUAACAGCCCUUCCAGACAGAUUAUUAACACAGCCGUCGAGACUGGAAGUUCUUCACUUACCCCACAAUAGACUGCAAGCUCUUCCGCCACCUAGGAAACCACUAAACAUCGUUCAUUUGACGCUACAAGACAAUGCACUGACAGCAUUACCAACGACUUUCUUCAUCAACACGGAAAAAAUGAAAGUAUUGAAUCUUUCCAACAACCGAUUGUCAGAACUUCCACACUUUGGAGAAGGAAAUAAAAAUCGACAUAAUAAUCACAGUUUGGAGAAAUUAUAUCUCACUGCAAAUUGUUUAACAGACACUGCUUUGGAUGCUCUUGCAAAAUUUACAUCUUUAAGAGUUCUUCAUAUAGCUUAUAAUACUUUAGACACGCUUUCAGAAAGUUGUAUAGCUUCAUGGAGAGAUCUAGAAGAAUUAGUAUUAUCUGGAAAUCGUCUUCAAUAUCUGCCAGAUAAUAUGGCCAAUUUACGACAUUUACGCGUAUUGCGUGUCCAUUCCAAUCGACUUUUGACUUGUCCAACAUUUAAUAAAACAGCAUCGUUAAAAGUAUUGGAUUUAGCUCAUAAUCAAUUAGAUAGAGUAAAUUUAGCUACUCUGGUGCCACCGCAACUUCAAUUUCUUGACAUAUCUUGCAAUUCAAGACUUCACGUAGAUCCUAGACAAUUCCAGGUAUAUAGGUCUCAACGACCAAUAUCAUUGGUCGAUGUAUCUGGACAGAAUAGACCGAGUCUGCCUUCGCAUCCUCAUCAGCAAGAAAUUGUUUCCUCGGAAAAAAGUUCGGAACAGCCUUGGAGAUUAGGAUUUUCAGAAACAGCAGGAUGUAGAGAAAGAUUGUACGUAUCCCAAAUUCGAAUGCCAUCGUUUUGCAACAUAGAAGGCCUAUUCGGUAUAUUCGAUGGCGGUUCGAACCAAGAAGCACCGAGCGCACUCCAAGAAAUGAUUCCACGCCUUUUGCUGGAGGAAAGAACCGUUCGAGAGACGUCAAAAGAAUAUUUAAAAUAUACGUUACUAUCUGCCCAUAGGGAAUUGAAAGAUAAGGGUCAGAAAUAUGGGAUCGAUGCAACUCUCGUGCAUAUUGUUAGAAUACAAUUGCAACAAGGAUAUCCGAAAGCACCAACGAAAUAUUUGUUGAAAGUAGCAACUUCUGGAGACGCAAAAGCAGUUCUCUGCAGAGCAGCUGGUCCAUUAAUUUUGGCUCCACCUAAGAAGCAAUCUAUGAAGAAUCAAUUAGGAAACGCAGCUAUGUUUCCUCUUGUUGUUCCUGAUCCUACAUUCGAAGAGGUAGAGUUAGAGGAUGAUGAUGAAUUUAUUAUAAUUGGUAAUAAAAAAUUAUGGGAAGUACUGAGCAUUCAGGAAGCUGUUCGAGAAGCCAGAGCAGAGGCCAGUCCUGUUUUAGCUGCUAAAAGGCUUCAAGAUCUGGCACAAGCUUAUGGAGCAGAGGAUAAUUUGAGCAUUGUAGUUGUGCGACUAACGGGACCUAAUCAGGGUGAUUUAGAUCAGUUGAUGAGGGAAUUGAGACAUGCUGUUGGAAAGAAUAGAGGUCAAACCGAGACAGGGUGUCCUUGUCCUUGUUGCAUGCCUCCGGCAGCUCAUAAACCACCGGGACCUUGCUGCUGUCACGCGAACGAAGGCUAUUAUUUGAAUGGCGUGUUGAAAAGCAUAGUGAAUAGGUCAAACAAAGGUCACAAUGGAUCCGGUAGAUAUUUUAAAAACCGUCGAUCAACACAAGAAAAUGAAAGUCCGCCAUAUAAAGAUGAUAGAAGUUCACCAAGUGGUCAAUCAGACCAAGCUAGUGAUAGUACUUUAAAAUCGAGAUAUCCUUCUGGUAGAGUUUGGUCUGGAAGUGCUGCUUCUAGAGCCACGAACAAAGCUCGUCAAAGUGUUCUUGUGAACGAAAACAGCACAAGAAAGAUAUCAACUACUUUGACGGCCCAAGAAGACACUAUAUCCGAGAGAUCUGGCGCUUUGAGCGAAGAGCAGUUUCGUUGUUGGGAAUAUAUGCUGGAGCAAAAUACUCAACUCUUGUUCGACAAGGAAUUGGACACUUUAACGAAGACUCCACUACGACGAGGUCAAUCGAGAUCCACGCCUCAAUUAGCUGGCAAUUUGCCUUUUCUAUCGAAGAGGUUUGGAAGUGCCAGAUCCUUUAAUCCUUCUCUAUCAAGACCACCCAUUGUUCGAUUCGGUAGUGGAAGAAGAUUACUAAACGGAGGUCCAAAUGCGGCUUAUUUUGGCAGUUUACAGAGACUAAUGCCAUAUAAUCUUGAGUAUGAUUUUGCUGUAAUUCAAGAAAGAAACGGAUUAGAUUCAUUAGAACAAGACGCAACGAGAAUGCAACAAUAUUGGGGAGUGGCUACAACUGAAUUAUAAUUCGCAAGUUACAUAAAAUCAUGAUGUUGAAAGAUAUACAUAUACACAUUAUUGUUAUUUAACAGUUAUUUAACAGAUGUGAGAUAUUAGAAAUUGGACUUAUAUUUUAAAUAGAAAAACAUAAAAAGUGGCAAUAAAAUGUUGUGAGUUGAUAAAACACGAGCUGUUGAGCUUUAGAUGAUUGCAACAUUGUGAGAACUAUUUAGUUGAC